AUGUUUGCGUUACCGACUUUACACUUUACGCCGCAGCAAGUUGCACAAGUUUGUGAGACUUUGGAGGAAAGUGGUGACAUUGAAAGACUUGGUCGAUUUCUGUGGUCCCUUCCGGUGAAUCCGUCUGCUUGUGAUGCUUUAAACAAACAUGAAUCUGUUUUAAGAGCACGAUCUCUCGUAUCUUUCCACACAGGAAAUUUUAGAGACCUUUAUCACAUUUUAGAAAAUCAUAAAUUCACAAAAGAAUCUCAUGCCAAACUGCAAGCAAUGUGGCUGGAAGCUCACUACCAAGAGGCAGAGAAGCUGAGAGGCAGACCUCUGGGUCCUGUAGACAAAUAUAGGGUCAGGAAGAAGUUCCCUUUGCCGAGAACAAUUUGGGAUGGUGAACAGAAGACACAUUGUUUUAAGGAAAGGACGAGGAAUCUUCUAAGAGAAUGGUACCUGCAAGAUCCGUACCCCAAUCCAACUAAGAAAAGGGAACUGGCUCAGGCCACAGGGUUAACUCCAACACAAGUAGGAAACUGGUUCAAAAAUAGGAGGCAAAGAGACAGAGCAGCUGCAACCAAAAACAGACUUCAGCAACGUCAGAUGUCAGGUGAUAAGCUCAGCCGUUUAGAUUCAUCAUCGCCAACUCCGGGUUCAUUGGCUUCAUUCGAUGAGGAUGACAAAAUAGACAUUGAUGAUGACGACGAUGAUUUGGAUUUAGAUGAUUCGAGGAGUAGCAAUAGUUCACCUUUAUUAUCUCACGGACAUCAUGAAAUGCCAUCUCCAACGUAA